AUGUCUACAGCCACUGAAGGAUCGCCUCAAGAUACGCCCGCAGACCGCCGGGAAGAUGGUUGUGCUCUCUCCAGCCACAGUGACGCGGCGAAAGCCGAGCGACGCCGGCACCAGAACAGACAGAAUCAACGGACCUGGCGACGACGGCAGCAGGAGAGGAGAGAGGCAGACGUUCUGGCUCGGGAACUGGCCCUUCAGGAGCAGGAGCAGGACGAGGAAGAGGCGGGACUGGUUGACUUGACGCAGUACCCUCUACCAGAUCUCAGCAUGCUACCCAGUUUCUGCCCAUUCAAUUCGCCAGUGGCGACUUCGGGCUGUCGGCUAGCGCAUCCAAGUCUCCUUCGGUUCCUGGCUGUAUUCGAGGCCGCUGCCCACCGGAGCUAUUACGGGAAUCCACGAGCCGACCACUUGCUCACCCUGGCCAAAUUGAACGUGUUUCGCGCCUUUAUACGCAACAUCGCUGCCCUGGGCUACAGUCGAGAAUGGAUGACUGAUGAUGCCCUCUCGCGCUUCAGUGUCAAUGGGCCUCUCCCAAAGGCCGUGCCGGUGAGGGAUAUACCACCCAGUCUGCGCCCGACAGAGCUGCAACAGAGCCAGCCUCAUCACCCUUGGUUGGACUUCUUUCCAUUUGCACGACUAAGAGACAACCUAAUCCAAUACGAGGAUUGUAUGGAUGACUCGCAGUUCUGUCGAGACCUGAUGGGCUUCUGGACCAUGCCUAGUGAGGAGAACUGCAUGCUCGUUUGGGGCAGUCCCUGGGAUCCUAUGAAUUGGGAGAUCACCGAAGCAUUCCUGCGAAAAUGGGGGCGACUGGUUAAGGGAUGUCCGGAGAUUCUAUGGUCUACAAACUAUUGGCGACUCCAGAGGGGAGAAAAGCGUUUGGUAUGGAGAGUCUCCUUUGACCAAAUGCCUGAAGUGUGA